CUGCCAAACCCCAAGGAAGGAGGAUGGCAGACCUUGUCGAGGAGCGUCGGCUCCUAUGGGCCAACGAUCCGGAGAAGAAUGAAGAGCGAUGCAAACACUUCCGUGCAGACUAUGGCAACCGGAUCAAGACGGCCAAGUACACGCUGCUGACGUUCCUGCCCGUGAACCUGUUUGAGCAGUUCAUGCGCGUGGCCAACGCCUAUUUCCUGUUGCAGCUCAUCCUGCAGCUGAUCCCGCAGAUUAGUUCCCUCAGCCCCAUCACCACGGCGCUGCCGCUCGUGUUUGUGCUCGGCGUCACCGCUGUCAAGGACGGCAACGACGACUACAAGCGCCACAAGAGCGAUGCCACCAUCAACAACCGCGCCAUCGACGUUCUUCGCAACAGCAAGUGGGUGGAGUCACAGUGGCAGGAUGUGCAUGUGGGAGAAAUCAUUCGCCUCAGAAAAGACGACUUUGUCCCGGCUGAUCUUGUUGUGCUGUCGACAACGGAGGCCGACCACGACUGUUACAUCGAGACGGCAGACCUUGAUGGCGAGACAAACCUCAAGAAACGCUACGCCUCAGAGCCCACGCGCGAAUUCUCUUCCGCACAGCAGCUCUCUGCCAUGACAUGCGAGGUGUCAUGCAACCCGCCGAACAACAGGCUCGACGACUUUGAUGGCUCCAUCUCCGUUAACGGCGAGAAACCGCUCCCCAUCAGCAACAACAACGUCAUCCUCAGGGGCUGUCGCCUUCGCAACACGAAUGAGAUUCGUGGCGUCGUCGUGUACACUGGCAACGACACCAAGCUCAUGCGCAACAGCGGCCGUGUUCGGUUUAAGCGCACGCACAUUGACAAGCAGCUGAACAACCUUGUGAUCCAGAUUUUCUUUGUUUUGUUUGCCAUGUGCGUCACCCUCGCCAUCCUCAGCGGCUACUGGGAGCGCACACAGGGAGAGCGGUUCAUGGAGUACCUUAACCGGCAGUCGGACAACCCGAACCAGAUUGCGUUUCUGCAGUUCUUCUCGUACCUCAUUGUCCUCUCAAACCUUGUCCCCAUCUCCCUCUACGUCAGCGUUGAGUUGAUCCGACUUGCGCAGAGCCAGCUGAUUGGGCUUGACGUGAAGAUGUACUUUGAGGAGACAGACACGCCCGCCGUCGCCCGCACGACCACCCUCAACGAGGAGCUCGGCCAGAUCGACUACGUCUUCAGCGACAAGACGGGCACGUUGACCCAGAACGUGAUGCGCUUCCUGCAAUGCUCCAUCGCCGGCAACAUUUACGGCAAACCUGCUGUUGUUGGGCAGCCGUACACGGGAUUUAUCGACGACCGCCUGCACCGCGCGCUUGAUUCCCGCGAUGCCAACGUGGUGGAGUUCUUCGAGCACCUUGCCGUGUGCCAGACGGUGCGGCCGGAGAAGACGGACGAUGGCGAGCUCGACUACCAGGCACAGUCCCCAGACGAAAAGGCCCUCGUCGAGGCUUCAAGGGACGUGGGCAUCAAGUUUACGCGGCGGACGGGCGAGACGAUUGAGCUCGACUUCUUCGGCGAGCGCCGCACGUACGGGCUCCUCAACAUCAUCGAGUUCACCUCCACCCGCAAGCGCAUGACUGUGGUCGUGCGGGACCCGGAUGGCGGCAUCACGGCGUACAGCAAGGGCGCAGACACGAUCAUGCAGCCGCUGCUGAGCCAGGCGAGCCAGGAGCGCGACUGGCCGGCGGUGGACGCACACUUGCACGAGUUUGCAAAGGAUGGACUGCGCACGCUGGUGCUGGCGAAGCGCAGGCUCUCGUCGGAGUGGUACGAGGACUGGGCAAAACGAUACUACGAUGCAGACGUGUGCGAGACAGACGACCGCAAGGACAAGCUCGCUGCUGUUGCGCAGGAGCUUGAGACAGAGCUUGAGCUCGUUGGCGCGUCCGCCAUUGAGGACAAGCUGCAGGACGGCGUUCCGGAGACAAUUGCCAACCUCAUGCGUGCCGGCAUCAAGGUGUGGGUGCUGACGGGCGACAAACUUGAGACGGCCAUCAACAUUGGCUUCUCCUGCCGCCUGCUCAAGUCGGAGAUGGAGCCGCUGUUUAUCAUUGACGGGAAGAAGUUUGAGGACGUGGAGCAGCAACUGCGCGCGGCCAAGGACGACAUGGCCGCCUCUGGCCGCGAGCACCGCCCCUUUGCCCUCGUCAUCACCGGACAGAGCCUGUCGUUCCCGCUGCCACCAACGAUGAAGGAGCGCAAGGAGGAGGUUGUGCGCAACGAAGACGGGACCACGACCCUCAAGUGGACGCCAGAGCGACUGCAGAUGCAGCGCGACCUUGAGGCCCUCUUCCUGGACGUGUGCUCGCAGUGCCACGCCGUGCUGUGCUGCCGCGUCUCACCGCUGCAGAAGGCGCAGGUGGUGAAGCUUGUCAAGUCGCGGCGCAAGGCCAUCACGCUUGCCAUUGGCGACGGCGCCAACGACGUCAGCAUGAUCAAGGCUGCCCACAUUGGCGUUGGCAUCAGCGGUCUUGAGGGCAGGCAGGCCGUGCUUGCGUCAGACUACGCCCUGGCGCAGUUUGCAUAUCUGCAGCGGCUGCUGCUCGUGCACGGGCGGUGGUCGUACCUGCGCAUGUCCGUGUUCCUGCGCUGGUUCUUCUACAAGAACUUUGCCUACGCCUGGGCACAGUUUUUCUUCGCCUUCUUCUGCGGCUUCUCCGCCCUGACGAUCUACGACGGUGUGUUCAUCUCCACGUACAACGUGGUGUUUACGUCGCUGCCCAUCCUGGUCAUCGGCACGCUGGAGCAGGACGUCUCUGCGCGCGACUCAAUUAGCUUCCCGCUGCUGUACGAGGCCGGCCCGCGGAACUUCUACUUCAGCCGCCUCUCCUUCUACUGGAGCUUGCUGCGCGGCAUCUUCCACAGCGUUGUCAUCUUCUUCGUCGCAUAUGGCGCCAUCACCCUUGGCGGGCAGGUUGACAGCAUCGGGCAGGAGGCCGGCGACUACUCGUUCCUCUCCACGACCAUCUCCGUCUGCCUCGUCUGGGUCGUCAACCUGGAGCUUGGCCUGAUGAGCCGGUACUGGACAUGGCUCAACUUUGUGACGCUGAUCAUCGGCCCCAUCUCCUGGUUCCUCCUCUUCUCCGUCCUCUACACCUGGGAUGACUGGAUCUUCUACUUCCAAUCCCCCUUCUUCGGCGUGUUCCUGCACUCGAUGGAGGCGAACAAGUUCUGGGCCGUCUUCUUCCUGACCAUUGGCGUGACGGGCGUGCUGACCAUGGUUGACUUCCUCGCCCGCACCUAUUUCUACCCGACGCCCGUCGACAUUGUUCGCGAGAAGAACCGCCACUUUGGCAAGGAGAUGGUCUAUAAUAAAGCUGUCUAG